AAUAAAUUCCUGCUCGCCGCGCGCGUUCAGCUCAGCGCCGGGGCUCCGUCCCUACCGAUUGCUGCUGCUUGUCGCCUCCCCGCGAAGAGCCGCUCGGUGCUUGCAGGGGGGGCUGGCACAAGCAGGGCGCGGGAGAGCGGAGCAGGCAGCCCCGUUGCCGGGGGAAGGGGGGACUGCACCUCGGCCAGCCAAAGGCGGAUCCUCUCGCGGAAAGACAGAGAAGCUCAAGAUCCAUUCAGAGCCUAAAAACUAGUCUGCGGAGAUGUCUGUGAAGUGAGCCAGUUCCCAAGCACAAGAUCGAGGGAUGGUUCGAGGCCUGUCAUGUCUCCUCUCUAAUCUUUUGUCCCUGUGACUCUUUUCAGCAGAGAGAUGCCUAGUUCUGUGCCUGCUCCUGCCAGCCCAGCCUUCUGUUGGUGACACGCUCUUGCUGUCCCAGUGAAGGUUACCUGGGCUGCUGGCGUCAUUACCUUACAAAAGAGAGAGAGAGAGAGAGAGAGAGGAGGGAGGAAUGAAUGACUGAAAUUAUGCUGGCGAAGACAGAGCUGGAACUGAUGUGCAACGACUGAUGCUCUGCAGAUUUUUCAGCAAGACAAGUCAUUCCAGAGCCAACAAGUUCCUCCUUGCUAGCAGAGAUAAGCUGUGCUCCCUUCUCAGCCGCUAAUCUCUCUGCUCAGCGGUGGGCUACUCUGUGCUCAGUGGGUCUAGAGGGCUUGGGCUGCAGGCUAGAAGACCAGGGGCUACAAUGGAAGAGACUGUGUUCAGUGUGCAGCAGAUACAGCCCAAUGUCAUUUCGGUGAGACUCUUCAAGCGCAAGGCUGGGGGUCUCGGGUUCCUGGUGAAGGAACGUGUCAACAAGCCCCCGGUAAUCAUCUCCGACCUGAUCCGGGGAGGGGCAGCUGAGCAAAGCGGGCUCAUCCAGGCUGGGGACAUUAUCCUGGCAGUCAAUGGCCGGCCUCUGGUGGACAUGAGCUAUGAGAGUGCCCUGGAGAUCCUGAGGAGCAUCGCCUCAGAGACCUACGUGGUUCUGAUCCUGAGAGGUCCCGAGGGCUUCACCACUCAUCUGGAGACCACCUUUGCCGGUGAUGGGAUGCCAAAGACUGUUAGAGUAACCAGACCUUUGUGCCCAACUGCCAAAGCAGUCGACUUGUCCAAUCCAAGCAUCCAUGGCAGAGAUCUGCAGCAGGGUGCGGACCCUACCAUGGGCUCGGGUAGUUCAGCGUGGGCCAGGGAGAACAGACAGGAAGCAGAGUCCCUUGUGCACGUCAAUGGUGUGGUUACCAGCACCAAAGGCGAGGACUCUUUGAAGGGAAGGGACAAUGCCAGUGCCAAUCCUUGCCUGAACGGUGGGGUCGAAAACAAUGAGCUGCUUAAAGAAAUAGAGCCGGUCCUGAAACUCCUGAAGAGCGGCAGUAAGGAACUCAAUGGAGACGCGCUAACCAAGGUGGAGACAAGAGAUAUAGAAGUCCAGGUGGACUGUUUCAGGGAAGUGGACAAGGCCCAGAAACCCGUGCCAGCCGGGAUGGAAAAUGACCGAGUUUUCAAUGACCUGUGGGGGAAGAGCGACGCGCCCGUCGUCCUGAACAACCCCUACUCGGAAAAGGAGCAGCCACCGCCAUCUGGCAGACAGUCCCCGACUAAGAACGUGGUGAAUGGAAGCCCGUCCAAGUGCCCACGGUUUGCCAAAGUCAAGAACUGGGAGACUGGCUCGGUGCUUCACGAUACCUUACAUCUCAAGACAGCCAUGGCCAGUGCGUGUACAGAGCAGAUCUGCAUGGGAUCAGUAAUGACACCCACCCAGCAUAUCCGGAAGCCAGAAGACACCAGGACAAAAGAGCAGCUGCUCCCCUUGGCUAAGGACUUCAUUGAUCAAUACUACUCCUCCAUAAAGAGGUUUGGCUCCAAGGCCCACGUGGAGAGGCUGGAAGAAGUGACCAAGGAGAUUGAAACCACAGACACCUACCAGCUGCGGGACACAGAGCUGAUCUACGGUGCAAAGCACGCCUGGCGUAAUGCAUCCCGCUGCGUAGGCAGGAUUCAAUGGUCCAAGCUACAGGUGUUUGAUGCCCGAGACUGCACCACCGCUCAUGGGAUGUUCAAUUACAUCUGCAACCACAUCAAAUACGCCACCAACAAAGGGAACCUCAGGUCUGCUAUCACCAUCUUCCCCCAGAGGACAGAUGGCAAGCAUGACUUCCGAGUCUGGAAUGCCCAGCUCAUCCGCUAUGCGGGCUACAAGCAGCCAGACGGCACCAUUCUGGGGGACCCAGCCAACCUGGAGCUCACAGAGAUCUGCAUCCAGCAAGGGUGGAAGGCACCCAAGGGGCGAUUUGAUGUCCUGCCACUCCUCCUCCAGGCCAACGGCAAUGAUCCGGAGCUCUUUGAGAUCCCCCCGGAGCUGGUGCUGGAAGUACCCAUCAGGCACCCCAAGUUUGCCUGGUUUAAGGACCUGGGGCUGAAGUGGUACGGUUUGCCAGCGGUGUCCAGCAUGCUGCUAGAGAUCGGAGGCCUGGAGUUUACUGCCUGCCCCUUCAGCGGCUGGUACAUGGGCACUGAGAUCGGCGUCCGCGAUUACUGUGAUAACUCUCGCUACAACAUGCUGGAGGAAGUAGCCAAAAAGAUGAACCUGGACAUGAGGAAAACCUCCUCGCUGUGGAAAGACCAGGCGCUGGUGGAGAUUAACAUCGCUGUUCUGUACAGCUUCCAGAGCGACAAGGUGACCAUUGUGGACCAUCACUCAGCCACAGAGUCCUUCAUCAAGCACAUGGAGAAUGAGUAUCGCUGCCGCGGGGGGUGCCCUGCUGACUGGGUGUGGAUUGUCCCCCCGAUGUCCGGCAGCAUCACCCCGGUCUUCCAUCAGGAAAUGCUCAACUAUCGGCUCACGCCCUCCUUCGAGUACCAGCCUGACCCCUGGAACACGCACAUCUGGAAAGGGGUCAAUGGGACUCCCACCAAAAAGAGAGCCAUCGGUUUUAAAAAGCUGGCCAAAGCCGUGAAGUUCUCUGCCAAGCUGAUGGGGCAGGCAAUGGCCAAGAGGGUCAAAGCGACCAUCCUCUAUGCCACGGAAACGGGGAAGUCCCAGGUCUAUGCAAAAACCUUAUGUGAAAUCUUCAAGCACGCUUUCGAUGCCAAGGUGAUGUCCAUGGAUGAGUACGACAUAGUCCACCUGGAACAUGAAACCCUCGUCCUGGUGGUCACAAGCACCUUCGGCAACGGAGACCCACCGGAGAAUGGGGAGAAAUUCGGCUGUGCAAUGAUGGAAAUGAGGAAUCCCAACUCUCACCUGGAAGAGAGGAAGAGCUACAAGGUCCGUUUUAACAGCGUCUCCUCUUACUCGGACGCACGGAAGUCUUCGAGCGACGGGCCCGAAGCCAGGGACAACUUUGAGAGCACUGGGCCUCUGGCUAACGUCAGGUUCUCGGUGUUCGGCCUAGGAUCGCGUGCCUACCCCCACUUCUGCGCCUUUGCCCGCGCCGUCGACACCCUGCUGGAGGAGCUGGGAGGGGAGCGCAUCCUCCGCAUGGGGGAGGGGGAUGAGCUCUGUGGCCAGGAAGAGUCUUUCAGGACGUGGGCCAAAAAGGUUUUCAAGGCAGCGUGCGACGUGUUCUGCGUGGGAGAUGACGUGAACAUUGAGAAGGCCAACAACUCCCUCAUCAGCAACGACCGGAGCUGGAAGAGGAGCAAGUUCCGCCUGACCUACGUGGCUGAGGCCCCUGAGCUCACACAAGGGCUGUACAGUAUUCACAAAAAGCGAGUCUAUGCCGCCCGGCUCCUCACGCGCCAGAAUCUGCAGAGCCCAAAAUCCAGUCGGUCAACAAUUUUCCUGCGACUUCACACCAAUGGGCAGCAGGAGCUGCGCUACCAGCCUGGAGACCACCUGGGAGUGUUUCCAGGCAACCACGAGGACUUGGUCAGCGCCCUGAUGGAGAGACUCGAGGAUGCACCCCCAGCCAACCAGCUGGUGAAGGUGGAGCUCUUGGAGGAGAGGAGCACAGCUUUAGGUGUCAUCAGUAACUGGACGGAUGAGAACCGCAUCCCACCCUGCACCAUCUUCCAGGCGUUUAAGUGCUACCUGGACAUCACCACGCCUCCCACCCCGCUGCUGCUGCAGCAGUUUGCCUUACUGGCCACCAACGACAAGGAGAAGAAACGUCUGCAGGUCCUUAGCAAGGGCUUGCAGGAGUACGAGGAAUGGAAAUGGUCCAAGAACCCCACCGUAGUGGAGGUGCUGGAGGAGUUCCCGUCUGUGCAGAUGCCCUCCACCCUGCUGCUCACCCAGCUGCCCGUGCUGCAGCCUCGCUAUUACUCCAUCAGCUCCUCCCCCGACAUGUCCCCGGACGAGGUGCACCUCACCGUGGCCGUGCUCUCCUACCGCACUCGAGAUGGGGAAGGACCGAUUCACCACGGCGUCUGUUCCUCCUGGUUCAACCGGAUACAGGCGGAUGAAGUUGUGCCCUGUUUUGUAAGAGGAGCUGCUGGGUUCCACAUGCCACAAGAUCCCCAGGUUCCCUGCAUCCUGAUUGGCCCGGGUACGGGAAUCGCCCCGUUCCGGAGCUUUUGGCAGCAGCGGCUCUUUGAAAUCGAGCACAAAGCACUGAAGCCCUGUCCGAUGAUUUUGGUCUUUGGGUGCCGACAGUCCAAGAUCGACCACAUUUACAAAGAGGAGACCCUCCUAGCCAAAAACAAAGGCAUCUUCAAAGAGCUGUACACAGCCUACUCCCGGGAACCAGACAAACCAAAGAAAUACGUGCAGGACGUGCUGCAGGAGCAGCUGGCUCAGUCCGUGUACAAAGCGCUGAAGGAGCAGGGAGGCCACAUCUACGUGUGCGGGGACGUCACCAUGGCUGGGGAUGUCUUCAAGGCCGUUCAGCGCAUCGUGAAGCAGCAGGGGCAGCUGUCGGUGGAGCAGGCUGGCGCUUUCAUUAGCAAGCUGAGGGAUGACAAUCGAUACCACGAGGAUAUUUUUGGAGUCACCUUGCGUACAUAUGAAGUGACUAACCGCCUUAGAUCUGAGUCGAUUGCGUUCAUUGAGGAAAGCAAAAAGGACACGGAUGAGGUUUUCUGCUCAUAACCAGAACCCCUUGCCCCAGACGGGAUGCCAAACCAGCUGCAGCGGCAGCCACCCCCCUCCAGCCGGAGGGCGCUGGGUUUUGUAUUUACACGGACACGGCGGCUCCUUUUCUGCGGGGCCUGCCCACGGAAAGUGCUCUGUCUCUCGUCCUGUCGUCGUGUCCCGAUGAUGAUGAUUUCUCUUUCCUUUCUCUCUCUGUCGUCCUGUGGCGGUUUCUUUUCACUCCUUGUUUCCCUCCUCGGAGUCCCCCGCUGAAGUGCGAUGGCUUUAUAAUCCGCAGUGGCUCUUACGAAACUACGUUUCUUCUUCUCUCGGUCCGACGAGGGCGUUUCGCGGCUGCAUGAAAUCACCACCUUCGUGAUCAUCUGCAUUCUUUGGUGUUGGGGGGGGGCUGGAGCGGGGGGAGCUGGCUGUUCCUGGUCGGGCAGCGAGGACUGGAGAGAAGCUGUUUUGCCCGAGACCCCUUUCCCCACCUCGACGUGGAACUUGGCUGAAUCGCUGCAUCUUCCUCGCUUUGCUUUGGCCGCUCUGGGCCUGGCCCAGGGGGAAGUUGGAUGGAAAGGAAGUGCUGCCCUGCCCCCUUUCUUGCUGCUGAUGGAGACACCAGAGCUUUGUUCUGUUUGAGGGGUGGGGUUGGUCUGUGUUCAAUGGGUAACAAUUCACCUACGUGAGCUCUGUGCUGUUUGUAUCGUCAGCCCCACGCCCCGCCCCCCUCUUGGCUCUGUCCUCAGUCCUCUCUCGCCUGUGUGCCCUGUGCUGAUCCUGCUGGGGCAACAGUCUUCACGGGCCGUGUUCAAGCACAGCAGGUGCAGGCUGGUGUUUCUGCAAAGGGGCAGCACGUGGGUGCUCUCUGGUCACGGGGAAGCAGGGAUCGUACUGCCCACGCUGCAUCCAAACCUUCCCAGCCUGCGCUGGGAGUUCAGGGUAAAUGCAGCCAGCUGGCAUGAGAGGGCUACAGAUUAGCUGAGAUCCUUGGAGGAAAGACUGUGACCCGGGCAUGGGUUGCAUCCUGUAGCUUCCCUGGGCGCUGGCGGUGGGCACGUGAGUCCUCUCCAGCAAGGCAAGAGAACGUGUAAGGCGACAAGGCUGGGAGGCGGAGUAGCUCUGAAGCCGUCUCUGCCCAGGUCCAAGCGGCACCAAGCUGCUUAUAAAAAAGGUUGAUAGGAAGCCAGCAAGUAGCUGCUGUAUGGGGUCUACUGCGGCCAUUCCUGACCCCUGGUGCCAGGCCUUCUGGGAGCCCCAUGUAACGCCCCAUUAAAUGAGUAACAGUUGCCUUGAUUACUCAAAGCAUGCAAGUCUGCCCUAGCGCGAUCUUGUGAGAUGUCCUUUCUCAGCAACGCCACCCCCCGACCCCUGCAGGAGCUGCAAAGCUCUCGUGGUGCCAGGCUGGCUGCAACGGAUGCCUCCACUCUGCAAAAAAACCCAAAUCCUCUCCAUGGCCCCUCUGCCUGCUGCAUGCACGGUGCCAUUGUUCAAAUUGCACGAGGCCUCUGGGCUGGGAGCUCUCAGGAGAGACGGGGAGCACGCCCAAGAAGAGAGGCACUGGUGCUGUCUAACGCCAGGCUCUGAGGUGCUGACCGCUCAGCUCCACUGCACAAAUCCAGCCCCGCUCGAGACUUACAGGAACGGCUACAGAGCUGGCAGCCCCCAAGGGUCACUCCCCUUUUCCAGGUAGGAACUUUGCCACCCACCCCCAGGCCGGCUCUCUCUCUCUCUGUCAGGGGGAGGGGGCUUCCUCUAGUUGCCAGGUUGUUUGGGGGUGCCCUCGUCCCUUCCCCCACCUGCACUGUACAUAGCCAUCCACUGGCUAGACUGAGGCAGCAACAGCAAACCGGUGCCUUCAGGUGGCACUGGACCCCCUCCUGCUGACAGCAUAGGGAAUUACUGCCGAAGGGGGUCAGGACUUGGGCACGGCAAAGGGGGCAGGUCCCCACAACCGCUGUCACCGAGGGGUUGUUUUCAGAGCCCAGGAUCUGCCCCUGCCUCCCCCUGAGCCAAGCUUCUAACGAAGUGAGUCCAGCAAGGUCGGAAGCCUCCCCUGGCCUAAGUGCGGCUUGGCAGAUGGGCUGCUCAACUUCAGCUCGUGCUCACCGGUCUCACGCUUCGCAGUGACCACGUGGUUGCUUUGGUUUUGCUGCCUAGACCCUCCCGCGUGGGUAGGCGCUGGUGUGUGCUGCCACUGCCACAGCCACGUCCCUGGUCUUUACCUUCCCUGACCACCACAGAUGGAUCUGACCCAAAACCCUGGGCCCAGAGGCCCCAGAGCUUUGGGAAAGCUCCGCUCCAGGCUUUCUGCUGCCCCAAUCCAUCUCUUCGGAGUAUUUUGCUCAACUAGGAGCCAGCAGGACUUUAAAUAGGGACGUGCACAAAUGCUGCCACCUUGUGGUAAUUUGCAUGCACGCUGUUCUGUGAGGGUGGCCCGAUGUGUGGCCCUAAGAGGAUGAAUGAAGGUCCUUGGCUAAGCCCCUGUUCAGUUACGAAAUCACGGCUGUAGUGUGGUUAUUCAAUUUGCAGCAGCGACUGUAUGCCCGCGCCCACCCUGCUGCCUGGCAGCUACCCCGCACUGCCUCCGCAAGGACCACGGGCCCAGGGACCACGCCCGCAGCGCCGCUCACGGAGAGAUGGAGUCUGGGCUGUCCCACUGCACAGAGUGCUGGGCUGAAGGAGACCAGCCCAACGAGAGGGAGUAGCUACACUGCAAACCCCCAGGGUGUUGAGCCAGUUGCACCACCCUAGGGCCCUGGCAGGGGGCAGGUGUGGUUAGCUGCCGCGGUUACUAAGCAGGUGGUGUGCAGGCAUAAACCACAGCUGGAGCCAUCAGUACCGUGUGCUGUUACAAACCCUGGUCGCUGUUGUGUAACCAGGGCCUAGGAGCUCUUUAGUGGGGCCGAGAGCUCAGGCAGGCACCGACCCUUCCAGCCGCAUGUCCUGGUCCCCUGGGAGCCAAUGGGAAGAGAGAAUGGGGAGCACAUCAAGGGCAGAAGGAUGCCUUUGCUCGAGAUUGUGCCUCACAAAUCUGGGUAGGGAUCCAGCCCCUGGGGGUGGGGGAAGAGAUGACAGAUCCCUUACUCUGCCCUUCGCCCCCCCACCAUCCCACAAACUGGGGAAGUUUGGCUCUGGAUCCAGCUCAGACCAGGCUCACCUUUCUGUAAGGUGCCCGAGCAAAACCCUGCAUCUCCCUUCAGCCCACUCCACACAAACCUUGGGAAGAGUUUGAAUUUGGAUCCAAACUUUGCGCCAGGCCCAUCUUUCCUGGAAAUGUCAAUGCAAAGGAAUGCCCAAAGCCAUGUCCUUCACCCCUUCCUCUUUUUUUGCCUGUGUCCUUCGCGUUCAUUGCUGCUGUUCAUUUUCCCAUUCAGUCCUGUGCUCCUGUAACAGCCCUGCUCCGGAAUGAGCUUUGCUGGUCCCGAUGCUCCCUGUCUGUAUCUGACAAGAGAGGCUGGCUUUGGCAGGACGUGUUGUGUCUCCUCCUGUCCAAUAUACCCAUGAGCCACGCUAAAAACGCAGCAAGUGCAGCCAUGGGGGAGCCGUGACAUCCGGAUUCAGCCUCUCCCAUUGCUAAAGGCUGGAAUUUCCCCGGGUGCCUAAAAGAGUUAGGCCCCCAAAGGCUGUUGAAAUUAACUGUGAGUUGAGCACCCGAGUCUCUUUGUUCUCUUUGAAAAUCCCAGCCUUAGAGAGCAAAAAGCUGUGUUACGUCCAGCCUGCUCACCUGGUGCAUCCAAGAGACAGGACAGGGAUGGGGGAAGGGACAGGUGCGUAACAGGGAAAUCCUACCAUUGUGGGGUGAGUUGAAUUCAAGGGCUCCAGAAGCUGUCAUCAGCCUGCCCUGCUUGGCUGGGAUAGUUGACUUUGAACAAGCCGGGCUGGCUUUCUAACUGAGCCAGUUCCAUUUACUUUAGUAGCCAGUUUGCUCUCUUCACCUGCAAGGGUUUCACAUGCUUAAUUUCCUCCCCCAGAAAAGGGGACAUGAUCCUGCUAAUCUCCUCUGUCAUGCCACAAACACAGACCUUUCAUCCGCCACCCGGACGCAGUUCAGCUGGGUGAAAUGGGUGUGUAUAUAUAAUAAUACAUAGCACAUGAGUGGUGGAGAAUGGAGAUAGCCAGGUGAUGGACUGAAUGUAUCUUGUGCGGUUGAUGGCUUCGCCUGCCUUCUGUCCAUUAAUCCCAGUCCCCACUGGCUAAUUCCAACCCUCCAAUGGGCUGAGCAGCUCCAAACAGCCCCUGUAGCAAUUGGAGAGUGGUCAUGAUGGACCAGUGGGCUGCUCCUGUCUGGCAAUUCCUGUGAAUGGCAAAGACUGCCAUCGCCCCCACCAAAAUGCUUCAUGGUGCCUCAGCUCACUUCUUACUCCAAAGGGUUAACAGCCAGGUGGGUCCUUACUAGAACUGGUCAAGACUGUUUGAAUUUGCAAAUUGUGCAUGAAAAAUGCUCCCCAUUUUUUCUGACCAGCUCCACUCUUUACCUUAGAUUGACGAGCCGCUAAGCCUCAGCUCCACAGUGACUAUCCCCAAGGCUUUGCCUCCCCACAGCAGCUGCUUGGAAGUUUAGAUAGGGGGCAACAUACAGGCCUGUCUUUAUAUUACAGCACCCUAGAGGAGGGAGCAAAUAACAAGAUCACUUUCUGCCCCCAAAGAAUUUACAAUCUAAGAUGACAAAACGCCGAAGCAGGAGUUGAGGACAGGCUGCAGCACAAGAAGCCUCUCCCCGCUAUAUUUUACCCCUAAUCUAUACUCAAUAGUGAUUAGUUAUUGACCUCUGUUAAUUCCCCAUUUCACUAUUAUUCCCCUCCCUUAUCAAUCCACACCCUUAGCCUGUUACCAAUUAACCAACUGGCCUUCCUGCACCUCUCCCUGGAGAGACCUUCCCAGCAUCCAGCCCAUGCUCAGCCACGCAAGAGGGGGGAGUAGCUCUUUAGUAAAGGUAGGUUCUGGUGAUGGCAGUGGGACAUGAAGCACCUAAAGCUAGGAGGAUGCUAAUGCUCUGGGGACUUCCUCCCCUUCUAGCUGGCUCUCUCCAGUGAUGAUCCCAGCCCAUGGAGAGACUGAGGGAUGCAGGGAGCAAGGAACUUCACCUUAAAGAGCCAAAUUCUGCUCUCAGAUCUGUCGGUCAAUUCCCACAGGAAUCAAUGGCAGUCAAUGUAUACCCGCCUAAACGGCAGCAGAAGUUGGCCUACGUUCUGAGCCCCGUUCUGCAACCAUUUACCCGGAGCGCGAUGUGACUAGGAAGAGUUUGCAGGACCAGCUCUUCAGAACCAGCAGCAUGUACACACUGGGCAUAAUCUCCGUACGACACAUACAGUGCACGGAGGCCUUGUUAUUACUGAUGAGGGGCAGAGGGGGUGUCUUUGCUGAGCUGUCUGUGAGCUUAGCCAAAUACACCAGGCUAGAUGCU